AUGGCGAACGACUUUGUGAAGAGGUUAGUGCAUGUGUGCAAUUAUCUCCAGGACCCUUGCCAAGUAGCGAGGUUUCAAAAAUUCUGCGGUGUUGAAGGGACCUUCCCCGGGGCAGCCGCCAAGCCGGACCUCGGCGCGUCGCAGCCGGACUGUCCCGGGCUGAGGAAGCGGGUCCAGCAGGGGGGGCAGAGCCCAGAGGGGGGUUCUGAGAACGGGGCAGCUGGAGAUGCCACCUUACCGCAGAUGAAUGGGCUGCAGGGUGACGUCUCCGCCGAGUCCGACGGGGUGUCAGCGGAGACCACCAGAGCAAAGCCGCUUCGCAGGAACUCCCUGACCGGAGACGUGGGCCAGGAGUUCCUGAUCCACAACAAGUUCCUCUUCUACCUGUUCACGUUUGGGACCGAGUUGGGCAACGAGAUGUUCUUCAUCGUCUUCUUCCCCUUUCUGUUUUGGAACAUUGACGCACUGGUCAGCCGGAGACUCAUCGUGGUUUGGGCCUGGAACCUGUUCGUGGGACAGUCCACCAAGGACAUGAUCCGCUGGUCCCGGCCGGCCUCCCCGCCUGUGGUGAAGGUGGAGGUCUUCUAUAACUCCGAGUACAGCAUGCCGUCCACUCACGCGAUGACGGGGACAGCUAUACCUUUCUGUGUCUUCAUGCUGACCUGUGGACGGUGGCAGUAUCCAAUCCUCUUUGGCUUCUUUGUGGCUCUUAGCUGGAGUGUCCUAGUAUGUGUGAGCAGAGUCUACAUGGGGAUGCAUUCUGUUCUGGAGGUAAUCACUGGCUUCCUGUACAGCUUACUUGUUUUAGCCUUCUUCCAGCCAACUUUAGAAAAAAUUGACAACUUCUACAUGACGGACAGCUACGCUCCAGUAGUGGUUAUCAUCUCACAUGUAGGUCUGGGGCUUGUGGCUUUCUCCCUGGAUUCCUGGAGCACCUCUCGUGGCGAUACGGCUCAGGCCCUGGGCACCGGGGCAGGAGCUGCUUUGGCUAGCCACAUGAACUAUAAGCUUGGGCUGCUGCCAGAUCCACCUCUGUCCUCACUUCCUCUAACUUUAGCACCACUUGGCACUGCUGUGGUGGUUCGCUGCCUGCUCCGCUUCCUGAUCGGAGUUGCCGUUCUCCUCCUCACAAGAAUGGUUAUGAAAGCAGUGACGGUUCCCUUCCUAUGUCGACUGUUUGGGCUGCCCUUAGAUGAUGUAAGACAGGCGAGGCAGCACAUGAAGGUGGAGUUGCCGUAUCGUUACAUUGUGUACAGUGUUGUGGGUUUUACUUGUGUCUGUUUUGUGCCUUUACUCUUUAAGAUCCUAAACCUCGCUUGAGUGUUGUGUGCAUGUUCUGCUGACAUACGCACCUACUUCAUGAAGGAAAACAGCACUUAGUUACAUGAUGCUUGUUGGACCCAGGAUGAAAACCUCUGCUUCUGCAUGACAGGACCUAAAUCAAAGGAAAAUUGUCAUGAUAUUGUGUAUUUUAGUACUCUCAAAAGUGAUGAAAAGUUUAAACUAACAAUGAAUUGAUCUGAUUAGCAACAGAGAUCUACUUAAAAGACUAAUAAUGCUCCAUUAAUGCUGCACACACCAUUAUAGUGGGGUGGUGAAAAAAGUCUCCAACAGAUGCAGUAUUUAGUCUAGUUUGCGUAUAAUGGGCUAAACUCUACUUUAUGUUUAAAGUAACGUUUUAAAAAGGGAAGUAUGUUUUCAUUACCUGAAGUUAAUGUCUGCAGUAGCAACCGUGGGCAGACAGCCACAAACGGGUGGUCAGUGAGUAUUGAUUGGUGGUUUUGUUUUGUUUUUCAGCUGAUCAUAUAAAUAUCAGAUACCCUGUGCAUCAUCCUGUGGUCAACACAUUAACUGGAACUUUACUGAAAAAUUAUAGUUUUUCAUAUGUACUGUAACAAUGUGUGUUUUCACAUAUUAAGAACCUAUUGCUCUAACCUUUCAUGAGUAUUUAUGCUGUUGUGGCAUAAUUUUUUUUACAUUACUAUAACUAUCAUUAUUUCUUUGCCUUCUUUUUGUACUGUUGGGCUGCUACAGUAUAUACCCUGUGUGGAAGUUUGGCCCAAAUUUAAAACCAUUGCAUUCUGAGAUAUCUGAUUUAAAAUGCACAUUUUGUUGAUAUUUUUCCAUCCUAACUACCUUGCUGAAUAUGUAAUGAAUAUAUUACUUCUAUGGAUUUCAGAGGCAUUUCAACCUAUGAAACAGUAUAUAAAAAGUGACCCUUGCACUAAUUGUUCAUCUAUUAUAAUUGUAAUCUUGAUGUCUUGACUGAUAAUGGUUUAGUCUAUUCCUGGCAAAUGAGUUCACACCAUCAGUACACUGAAUAUUUAUUGGUCCAAUAUUACAAUCACGUCUAUUUGUGUAUUAUGUAAACUCUGUAUAUGAAUAAAUAUGGAAACAAUUACAAAUAACCCAAAGAAGAAAACAUUUCAAAUCAUCAUUUUCAUUUGCUAUUUCUACAGACUUGAACAAAAAUAAAUAAAUUAUAAAUAAUAAACUGCUCCUAAACUAAG